CAUAAUCUCCAAUCUUACUUAAAGUCUCUCUAUAAUACAACAAUUAAGACACUUUUAAAGUGGGAAGAGGUGAAGGGAUUCUUCCUCCCAUAAUACCACUCCUGGUUUGAAUCCCAAACGAUCAUAGGAUCAAAAGAGUGUCCGUCUAUCAUUUGCCAAAAUACACAUACAUAGUAAUUAUUAUGACCAAGUUUCAUGGAGCAAAAAACAUAGGUGGGUAGAUAUUUAAAAUAAAAAAGUUCGUGGAGCAAAAAGCUAUUCUUAGGAAGUCUGGUACUAUUAUUAUCAUCAUCAACCUGGUUUAGAGCAUAGAUGAAUCAAGGUUCAUGGAGUUCUCUCUAUAACUUCUGUCAACAACUGAAAACAUGCAUUUCUCAGAGAAAUCUUUUAACAGGAAAAUCUCUGCAUACCCACUACAUUAAAUCUCUCAUUCCUCCUUCAAUUUAUCUCUCCAACCACUUCAUCCUUCUCUACUCAAAAUGCCGCCGUCUUUCCGCAGCACGCAGUGUCUUCAAUGCCACUCCAUUCCCAAAUGUGUUCUCCUACAAUGCAAUAAUAGCUGCAUACGUAAAAGAGGGUCAAACCAGGAAUGCUCACAAACUGUUCGACGAAAUUCCUGAACCAGAUAUUGUGUCAUAUAACACCCUCAUUGCCGCCUAUGCCGAGCGAGGUGAUACAUGGGCUGCGUUUACGAUUUUUUGCAGGAUGAGAGAUAUGGGUGUUGAGAUGGAUGGGUUUAGUUUGUCAUCCAUGAUCUCGGGUUCAAGUAGUGAAGUUCGAAUGAUUAGGCAGUUACAUUGUUUGGUUGUUAAGGGAGGGUAUGAUGUUUGUUAUGCUUCAGUGAAUAACACCCUUGUCAGUUGUUAUAGUAAAAAUGGUUUUUUGGAGGAGGCUAAGAGGGUUUUCUUUGAAAUGGAUGGGAGGGAAGAUGAGGUGUCUUGGAAUGCUAUGAUCGUUGCGUAUGGACAACAUAAGGAGGGAGUGAAAGCUCUUGAAAUGUUUCGCGAAAUGGAUCAGAGGGGUUUAUAUGUGGAUAUGUAUACUUUGGCUAGUGUACUGACUGCGUUUACAAGCUUAGGAGAUUGGUUUGGCGGCCUUCAGUUUCAUGCUCGGUUGAUCAAGAUGGGAUUUCGUUCGAACCCUCAUGUUGGGAGUGGCUUGAUUGAUUUAUAUGCGAAAUGUGGGGGCAGCAUGGCAGAUUGUAGGAAAAUAUUUCAGGAAAUUCCAGAGCCUGAUUUGGUUCUGUGGAACACUAUGAUCUCUGGAUAUUCACAGUUUGAGGAGUUAUCUGAGGAGGCUGUUACAUGUUUUAAAGAUAUGCUGCGUAUAGGUCAUCGCCCUGAUGAUUGUAGCUUUGUCUGUGUGAUUAGUGCUUGCUCGAGCUCGCUUUCUCCUUCUUAUGGAAAACAGCUUCACUCAUUGGCUUUCAAGUCUGACAUCCCAUCAAAUCGGAUAGCAGUGAACAACGCCUUGGUAGCAAUGUAUGCCAAAUGUGGGAAUCUUCAAGAUGCAAGGCGGCUAUUUGAUAGGAUGACAGAGCAUAAUGUUGUCUCACUGAACACCAUGAUUGAUGGUUAUGCCCAGCAUGGUAUUGGGAAUGAAGCAUUGCAGCUUUUCAAUUGGAUGCUUGAAACUGAUAAGACUCCUACUUCUAUAACCUUCAUUUCUGUGCUUUCAGCAUGUGCACACACAGGGAUAGUUGAGGAAGGUCAGAAAUAUUUUGAUAUGAUGAGGGAGAAAUUUGGGAUUGUUCCUGAAGCAGAGCAUUACUCUUGCAUGAUCGACAUGCUUGGCCGGGCUGGGAAACUACGUGAAGCUGAGCAGUUAAUUGAAUCGAUGCCUUAUAAUCCUGGUGCUAUUGGCUGGGCUACUCUGCUUGGUGCCUGCAGAAAACAUGGUAACAUUGAUUUAGCUGUUAAGGCAGCCAAUCAAUUUCUUUUGCUGGAUCCUUCAAAUCCUUCUCCAUAUGUCAUGCUUGCAAACAUGUAUUCUGAUGCUGAACAAUGGGAAGAUGUUGCAAAGGUCAGAAGGCUUAUGCGUGAUAAAAAUCUUAGAAAGAAACCAGGGUGUAGUUGGAUUGAGCUAGACAAAAAGAUUCACAUUUUUGUGGCAGAAGAUGCUUCACACCCUCUGAUAAAACAAAUAUACGAAUACUUAGAGGAAAUAUUAUUGAAGAUAAAGCGUGUUGGGUAUGUGCCAGAUGUAAGAUGGGCAUUGGUUAAGGAUGAUGAAAUUAGAGAAGGAGAUAAGGAAAGAAUGGUGGUUCAUCACAGCGAGAAACUAGCAGUUGCAUUUGGGCUACUAUCAACCAAAGACGGAGAGCCAAUCCUUGUCGGGAAGAAUCUAAGAAUUUGUGGAGAUUGUCAUAAUGCUAUCAAGCUUAUUUCUGCUGUCACCAGAAGGGAAAUAACUGUCAGAGACACCCGAAGGUUUCACUGCUUCAAAGAUGGAAAAUGCACAUGUGGGGAUUACUGGUAGCACUUGUCUUACUUCUUACCUUCUUACCUCUUAUUCUGAGAUCCUUCACUGUAACUUGGUUUUUCUACAUUAAACUAUCUGGAGAAACUUCAUCCCGUGGUUGAUGUUGUGCUGGUUACUGAGCCCAGAUUACAGAUUUGUGAAAUUAGAAAUAUGCCUCAUUUGAAAGCUAGUAAGAAGAUUGGACUGUUUAAUGA